GAAUGUCUUUCUAAUCUGCUAGCCUGUAUAUGUAGAAGUUCGAUAAUUGUUUCUAGUUGAUUACGCUAUCAGCUUUUAUAGAGCUUCUGAUAUUCUUCAGAAAGGCAAAAUAUGGUUAAAUUUCCAUUAAAAAUCACAGUUGAUUUCCAAUCAAUCUGAACAGGUUUAGUCUAGAACAUGAUGUCUCACAACUCGUAAUUAAUUCAAUUAAUUGUAUUAACUGUAUCUGAUGCUGAUUUCACACACGUGAUGUAUUUGAGCGACAUGUGACAAGUUGAAAAUUUGUAAACAUGGCGGAGUUCCAUAGUAAAAUAUAACUUACGGAUUAGGAUUAAGAGAUAAGUGUGACACACCUGAGAUUCUAAAUGAUGCAUGGGGAUGGGAAAGAAAGGGAGUAAACUUGCAGCUGAUGAAUUAAAGGAAUUGUUAGAUUGCACAUAUUUUGACAAGAAAGAGUUGCAGCAAUGGUAUAGAGAUUUUAUGAAAGAUUGUCCAAGUGGUGUACUUCAAAAAGAGGAAUUUCAGACAAUUUACAAGCAGUUCUUUCCAAAUGGUGACCCAAGCAAAUUUGCAAACUUUGUUUUCAAUGUUUUUGAUGCAAACAAGGAUGGUUAUAUAUCAUUCAGAGAAUUUAUUACUGCUUUGUCCAUCACAUCCAGGGGUUCAUUAGAGGAGAAACUUGACUGGGCUUUCAGUUUGUACGACCUUGACAAUGAUGGUUAUAUUACCAAGGACGAGAUGGUGAACAUUGUUGAUGCUAUAUAUAGUAUGGUUGGUAAUUUGAUAGAUCUUCCAGAAGAGGAAGACACACCACUAAAACGUGUAGAGAAGAUUUUUGCUCAGAUGGAUGUGAAUAAAGAUGGUAGAUUAACUAAAGAUGAGUUUAGAGAAGGUUCUAAAUCUGACCCCUGGAUAGUGGAAGCUUUAUCAGCUCCUCACAGAUAACAAAGAGUAUCCAUUAGUGUUAUUAUGCUCACUUUUUAGAGCAUCAGCUUGAAUUUUCUUCAGACAUAAGAUAUUUUGCAGACAUUUGAUUCAGCACAUUGAGAAUUGUCGUUCCUUAAUGGUAGCUUGCUGUCAUAGACAUGAGUCUAUUAGAUGAACAGAAAUGUAUUGUUGAUUAUUUUUUAUGCUAUAAAACUGCUGUUUCAACAGGGAUGUAAAAUGGAGAAAGUUUUGUGUAAUCAUGGUAAAGUUUGCUUCAUCUUUUUACUAUUGUAAAAUUGGCUUCCAGUCUAGCUAUGUUAUAUGAUAAAGAUAUGUUUAUACCAAAUUCCGUUGGUCUAGUCUAUAUUUAUUAAUGUCCACCUUUUUAUGCUGAUAUUCAUUCACAUCUGUUUAACACCUGACUCAUUCAUAUCUGUGAAACACCUAAAUCAUUUACAUCUAUUGCAACCUGGACUAUUGCACAUCUAUUAAACACCUGAAUCAUUUACAUCUAUUGAACACCUGACCCAUGCACAUCUAUUUAACACCGGAAUCAUUUACGUCUAUUGAACACCUGACUCACCAUUAUCUGUUUAACAUGUGACUCAUGUACAUCUACUUAACAUUGAACUCAUGCACAUCUAUUGAACAUAGGAUUCAUGCACAUCUGUUUAACACCUGACAUAAUCUGCAUAUCUGUGAAACAUGUUACUUGUACAUCUACUAAGCACCUAACUCAUUUACAUCUAUUGGACACCUAACUCUUGCACAUCUACCAAACACCUGACUCAUGCACAUCUAUUGAACACCUGACUCAUGCACAUUUAUUUAAUACCCGACUCCAACACAUCUAUUAAACACCUGACUCAAACACAUCUAUUAAACACCUGACUCAAACACAUCUAUUAAACACCUGACAUAUGCACAUCUACUAAAAACCUAAUGCAUACACAUUUAUUUAACACCUGAUUCCUGUACAUUCACUAAACACCUAACUCGUGCACAUCUAUUGAACACCUAACUCAUGCACAUCUAUUGAACACCUAACUCAUCACACCCUACUAAACACCUGAUUCAUGUACACCUAUUAAACAUCUGAUCCAUGCACACCUUCUAAACACCAGAUUCAUGCACACCUACUAAACACCUGAUUCAUGCACACCUAAACACCUGAUGCAUGCACACCUUCUAAACACCUGAUGCAUGCACACCUACUAAACAUCUGAUGCAUGCACACCUACUAAACACCUGAUUCAUGCACACCUAAACACCUGAUACAUG